AUGGCAACCGAAGAAAGCAAACGUCGUGCUGAAGCACUGAUUCCCAAGUUCCAAUUCGAGCGCGUGCUCAACCAAGGCGAAGCAGGGAGAACCAUCACGCUAUAUGGACACGUCGACGCGGAUCCCGCAAUCCUCGUACUGGAACGGGCUCCUUUCCCCGAGGCGGAAGAGUACCUGUCCGCCUUGCCUGCUAAUCUACGCAGCAUUACGAACCUAGGAAACAAUGAUAUAUACUCGUGGUUCCUGAGCUCGGGAGGACCGAUCCUGAAAGAAGACGAGAACGACAAGUAUGCCGACUUCAAGAUAUCCCUGAUAUGCCCUUGUACGGACAAGCAUGUCAAGAAACAUAGCAAGCAAGGCUAUCGUUUCGUGACGGAGACGCCCGAGAUAUACCGUGACAAGGUGCGACCGUUCAUGCAGGUGAAUCGAGAAGAGGGCCGGUUGAAUUGGGUCUACAACAUUAUCGAAGGGAGAAAGGAAGUCGAAGACGUUAUUUACAGGACGCCCCUGGGCCGGGACGGCGACGAGGGGUUCCUAAUGCUGCCAAAUCUGCAUUGGGACCGCAAGACGAUCGAGGCCUUGCACCUUCUGGGUAUAGUUGAACGACGAGACAUCUGGAGUAUGAGGGACCUUAAGAAAAAACAUAUAUCCUGGCUGAGACAUAUGAAAACCAAGCUGAUAGAAGCCACGGUGAAGACAUAUCCGCAGAUCGAUACGGACCAGCUGAAAUUGUUUGUUCAUUACCACCCAACCUAUUACCAUUUCCAUAUCCACGUCGUUCACGUCAUGCUUGAGGCGACUUCUACCCAGUCGGUCGGGAAAGCGAUUGGGUUAGACAGUAUCAUCGAACAACUCGAGUCGAUGUCGGGAGAUGGAGAGGUUGGGUUGGACAGUAUCUCGAUAGGUUACACGGUAGGGGAGGCGUCGGAUCUGUGGACUGAGAUUUAUGAGCCACUCAAGAACGCCCGUAAAGCUUCUCAAUCGCGAUGACAAGGUCGUUGACGGCCGGUCCGCUGGUACAGUCGGUCCACUUCCCAUCGUCGC